CUAAUUUCUUGAUGUUCUAUUUCUAGAUGAAAGACGUGAUUCUUGUGGGAGAUGAUGACUGGUCGAACAUUGAUGACUGCAAAAUAAAGCAGGAGUAUGACAGUGCUGAUGAAGAGGAACUCAUUUGGCGAAAGUAUUCAGCAAUAGAACAACCUAAUACUACUACUUAUCAGACUUCUACUAUUUUUACAACUCCUGUCAUCUGUAGUCAAAGUAGGCCUACUGCGCAUGAGCAGUCAGAACCGAAUGAAACAAUUUUGCAGCACAUUUUGGUGACAGAGCCUCAACCAUUAUGCCCUAUGAGAUCCAUUCUGAAAAACAACAUCAAUCAAGAAGUCAACCGGCCAACUGGCUCCAAUUUCCUACUGAGAGACAGAACGAGCAUCAAAAGAAGGUCCAGAUUGGUGGAAGAAGAAAUGGAAGAAGAACAACAUCUAAGGACAGCAGCACGAAGAAGAAGCAGCAAAAACAAAUCGGAAUCUAUGGAACAAAUGAAGAGAAAAAAACAUCAAAGUAAACCAAAAAUACUUAUCAAAACCGAAUUGGUGAAAGAAGACCAAAUCUGGGUAAAGCCGAAUCCAAAGAGACGGAAGGGAGAGAUGAGACAAAUUCAUCACAACAUUACGGAGAGGAAUCGAAGGCAGGAAAUCGCAUACCUGUUUGACCGCCUGAGACAGACUGUUGACUAUGUGGCACAAGUCAACGACACAGAGUGGCAUCAUCAUCAUAAGCGGAAUAGAAACUGGAGAUCAAAAUUUGCAACACUGAAUAGCGCUGUGAAGUCCAUCAGGAAUCUGGAAGAACAAGGCAAGAGGCUGGAGAGAGAACGGAAUGCGCAGCGGAGAUUGAACACCAAACUAAUGGGACAACGGAAUUUGCUGAGGGAAUCGAACGCCAAACUAAUAAAACAGCUGACGACACAGUCGACGUCGUCAUCAUUCAAAAAUCAUCAUUAUUCUGAUUACAGUAGUGUGGAGGAGGAGGAGGAUGAUGAUGAUGAUGAUGAUGAUGAUGAGGAGGAGGAGGUGGAGGUGGAGGAUUGAGGAGGAGAGGAUGAAGCCAGAACCGAAGAAAAGAAAUACAGUAAUAGAAAGAGAACUGCUAAGGUGCGUACAGAUAUACGCGCCGCGAACAUGAGCAAUUCACUUUUAAUCAGCUGAUGCCAAGCUUUUUAUAUCUGUAUUUUUACAGAAACGGUGAGAUACAGAUAUAAAAAGCUUGGCAUUAGCUGAUUAAAAGUGUAUUGCUCAUGUUCGCGGCGCGUAAAUCUGUACGCACCUUUAGGAGGAGGAAAUGGAAGAGCGUCAAUGCGACAUUCCAACAAGAGAAGGUGGAGGAGGAGGUGGAGAGAAGAAGAAGAAGAAGAAGAUGAUGAUGAUAAAGAUGAUGAUGAGGAAGAAGAAGAAGAAAAAGAAAAAUAAGAAGAAGAAGAUGAUGAAUCAAUUGAGAGGCAUAUUUAUUUAUUUAUUUAUUAGAACAGUCACAAACACGAUAUUUGGAAAGAGAAACAGGCAAUUGCCCAAAACUUCUUCAAUUCCUUGAUUUUGGCACAUAAAUAGUCCAAAGUGAGGUUAAGUUUAAAAUUUCUGUUUUCACCAAAGAUUAACACUCAGAGAAUACGUAUUCGAGAUAUGACUGAUGAAUUUUGAAUUUCGAAGGGUUGAUAAGAGCCGGAAAUAACACUAAACAAUCCGAAAGUUUCAAUAAUAUUGAAAUAAACUUGAAAAUAUUGAGCAGAAAAAUUAAAACAUGAGCAUUAAAAUUAAAAAUUAUGAAGACGAAUAAGAAGAUGAAGAAGCGAGGAGAAGAAGAAGAAGAAGCAGUAGGAGGAGGAGGAGGAGGAGGAGGAGGAGGAGGAGGAGGAGGAGGAGGAGGAGAAGAAGAAGAAGAAGAAGAAGAAGCAGGAGGAGGAGGAGGAGAAGAAGAAGAAGAUGAAGAUGAAUAUGAUGAUAUUGAUGGAGGAAGAAUGUUGGAUAAAUAGUUUGGGGAAAUGAUAGCUGUCAAACCUACGCUUAUUAAUAUUAAGUUUGAAGAAAAUUAUCAUUGUAAUUUAUGCUUAUUACCAGAUGAUGAAUUCAACCAUCAACAUUAUCGACCUAAUAACAGUCCUCAGUAAAAUAAUUAUUUCAAUAAUAUGAAUAUUUUUCACCUGUAAUAUUAGGCUAUAUUUACCAUACAAUACAUUUUACUAUAGUGAGGUCCACGUUAGGACCUCGAUCGGUAUUCGAUUAACAUUGGUGUUGCUAUCCUUGUCUACCAUUCCAAAAAGCAGAUAGCGCUAUCCUUCAUCACCUCCACACUGUUUUUUUCACCACAAAUUUAUCGGGAAGUAGAGCUUGUGAACUCGGGACUCAUUGAAAAAAUCAUAGGGUUUUACAGUAUUUAUAUUUGGGUAAGGUAUAAAAUAUAAUUUAAUAUUUAUACUGAAUUUAUUUGUUUGUAUUCUAGAUACUAAAGCUAGAUUAUGACUGAUUAAUCGACUGAUGAAUUUCUACUACUUUUGUGUGAAAAUACGUAUUUGAAUGAAUGUGGUUUUAAUUUAUUCAUUUGAACAAGAUAAAUUAGUUAUUCAUUUUUAACUAUUUUAAUGACACGACACUACAGUCUAAUUUUUUUGAAUAUUUGUUAUUAAAAUUAAUAAAAACAAUAUGAAAAUUUGUAAUACACUUUAUUUUAAAGUAAUACCAUAGUAGCCCAUUUAAGUGUUUUCGUUUUUAAAACUAUAGUAGGCUAUGGUACUGAGAAGCGCUUUCGAAUUUUUUAAUCCAUUUUCAACACUGUAAUGAUUUAUUUACUGUACUGUUUACUUCUAAAGAUGAACUUUAAUAUGAAUUUUUAUAACAAAUGUGUAUAAUAUCAUUUUAUAAUAUUAUAUUGAAAUCAUGUAAGUUGCAGUAUGAAUAUAGGCUAAUGCAACUAUGACGGUUUAGAAUAAUUUAUAGAAAUAAAUCUGUUGCAUUUAUUAGCAGCUCAAUUGUUGUGAAUAAUAUCAAGCUAAUUGUACAUCUGUUAUGUAAAUUGUUUGUAAUUAAAAAGUGUGUUUUGUACUUUGAAUUUCAA